AGGCGUGUACCUAUUUCAUAUUAUAACUAUAUAUAUCACAACACAGUGGUGCAUCAGUGUUGUCUGGGAAAGCAAGGAACGCAAACGAUUUCAUUAACAGAUGACUAACGCUUCAAUACAGGACGGCCACGGCCUUAACUUGUAUGGGGACUACCACGGAGACCUAAACUGGACAUUAUUUAUCAGAGAUAUUGAAAAAGCCCACAAUGUACACUCCUUGCCAAUUGCCAUUUUUGCCAUAAUUCUUACCUGUCUUUCUACACUGUUGAAUUUUUGUCUCUGCUUUGUGAUUUUGCUUAUCAAGGAAUUAAGGACUCAGCCAUUGUACGCUUGUGUCUUCAACUUUUGUUUCAUAAAUCUCCUGAUUGGUCUUUUCGUGAAUUCCCUGGUGGUGUACCAGGAAAUGACUCCAGGGUGGAAGCUGGGGACAGUGGUUUGUAAGACAUGGAUCGUCCUUGAUGUCCUCUUACCAUUCGUAUCUUUAAUGACUCUAAUUCUAAUGUCCAUUGACAGAUUUAUAUAUGCUCGAAUGAACUACUUAUAUAAAUCAAUAAAAUUCAGACUUCAAAGAGAAGUAUAUGUAAUUCUGCCGUGGAUAUUUGGCAUUGCUGUUGUAAUACCAGUGUGGAUUGGAGGAUUUAAGAGAUCACCUAUUGACGUUCAAGAUAUGUGUGUGUUUGGUCUAGUUGACGAAGCAUCAGUAGCCUCGCCUAUCCUCGUUUUUUUUCUUCCUGCUCUAUUUUUAGUUUUGGUGAUGAUGUUAACAACUUUUUUCCCUUUUAAUCAGAAAUCAACCAAACACAGCCGAACACCAAACGCUCGAUCGGUGAACACGAGGAGGAAUUCGGGAUAUUACGCAUAUGAAAAUAAUUUUUCUGUUGUAACUUUAUAUCUGAUAAGUGUGAUAUUUCUAAUAUUCUGGGCUCCAUUUCAUAUGAUGAACUUACUAUUGGCAAUAUGUAUUGCCUGUAUGCCGCCCUACUCAUUGAUUAUUGGUUUUACCUACAUGGGAGCUACUGUAAGCUCCAUUAUAUCUUUCUUUUGGUUGACGGACUUCCACAUUCGAUAUUCAUUGAAACACACCAUCUGUGAUCGGUUUCGGAAGCAGAAUAAUACACCAUCAAAUACUGUAGCGCUUACUCUUUUGGAAGAGUGAUUAUAAUUAUCAUGAUUUAACUCCCCACACCAUAAAAUAUAUACGUAAAUAAUAUUUUGUAUUAGAUGUCAUUUUUUAAAAACUCCCUCUAUAUCUACCUUGUGUUUUUUAAAUAAUUUUCAGUGUAUAGGAUCACGUGACACGUAGAGAAGGAAGGAACUACAGCUUUGAAAACUACCUAGGAAAUUUACAAUAAAAACAUUUUCAAAAUAAUCAAA